AUGGCUACCGUCAACAUCCGCCGCGAUGUCACCGACCCCUUCUACCGCUACAAGAUGGAGCGUAUCCAGUCCAAGAUUGAAGGCAAAGGUAACGGCAUCAAGACCGUCAUCGUCAACCUGAGCAGCGUGGCUCAAUCUCUCGCCCGCCCGCCCGCUCACGUCAUCAAGUACUUUGGCUUCGAGCUUGGAGCCCAGACCAACACUAGCCCCAACGACGACCGUUGGAUCAUCAACGGCACCCACGACGCCAGCAAGCUGCAAGACUAUCUCGACGGCUUCAUUUCCAAGUUUGUCCUCUGCAAGAAGUGCAAGAACCCAGAGACCGAUGUCCACAUCAAGGACGCAAACAUCACGCUUGACUGCAAGGCCUGCGGAAAGAUCUCCGACGUCGACCCUCGCUUGAAGCUUAGCUCUUUCAUCCUCAAGAACGAGCCCAAGAAGGGCAAGAAGGACAAGUCCAGCAAGAAGGCCGAGCGUCGUGCCCGCAAGGAGGCCGAGGCUCGUGGCGAGGCUACCUCCCCCGACGGUGGCAGCCCUGGCGACAGCGCUGAGGAAAACGGUGACGAUGGCGACCUCGCCCUUGAGGCUGGUAGCGACGACGAGCUUACUCGCCAGAUCAACGAGGGCGCCAAGGAGAUUGAGGACGAGGACGCCAAGGAGGUGGAAUGGUCCAUCGAUACCUCAGAGGCCGCCAUCAGGGCCCGUGCCCAGGACCUCCCUGACGACCUCAAGCGUGCCCUUGUCAUCGAAGACGAGGAUGAGGGUGGUUCCAGCUACGAUACCUUUGGCAAGUGGAUCAUCGACACUGGUGCUGAGAAGGGUGGUGUUGAGAACCUCGACAACGUCGACAUCUACGUCAAGGCCAAGGAGCUCGGCAUCGAGACCAAGCACCGCACCCUUACUGUCAUCCCCCAGACGCUCUUCACUGAGAAGAUUGUCAAGCAGAUUGAGGGUCGCGCCCCUAUGCUUAAGAAGAUGAUUACUUCGGACAAGCACGAGAAGGCCUUCCUCGGUGGCAUUGAGCGUUUCGUCGGCAACGAUAAGCCUGAGCUCAUCCCCCAAGUCUCGGCCAUCUUGCUCAAGAUCUACGAGAACGACCUUGUCUCGGAGGAGCAGCUCAAGGCAUGGUGCUCCAAGGCCAGCAAGAGGUACGUUGACCUCAAGGUCAGCAAGACUGUCCGCAAGUCUGCCGAGCAGUUCAAGACUUGGCUCGAGACUGCCGACAGUGAUGAGGAGGACGACUCUGACUAG